GAAUCCCCUCUCAAUGGCUUCUUCAGAAAUCCAAAUUUCAUCUCUCUAAGGUUUCUCUCUCUACGAUUACUCUCUCUCUCUACCACCCAUUAUCUUGUUUUGUUCACCGUGGAAGCUCAUUGCAUUACUGAUCUGUGCUUGGAUAUCUGUUGAUUCUGCUUCGAUUCUCUCCUUGUCUCAUAACUGCUGAUUGCCCUGUUCUCAUAAAUGGGCACUGUUUGAAGUUACGAAAUGGAUUUGCCUGUGAUAUGCAAAAUGUAAUGCUUUGUCAACUGGAGUUUUGAGAAUCGCAACAUGUUGACAGACUUCUUGCUGCUUCUGAAUCCCUUCUACAGUGAAAAGUGGAUUGUUCAUGAUAUUAAAUCCUUCGUGCUGCCUUUUGAUGCCCCCUCAUUUCUACAAACUAAUUGCCAACACUGUGUUAACAGUGUAGACAUCCUUCCAUGGAGUUUGUUUCUGUCCUUUUGAAGACUUAUUGUUUAUAGUGUCGCCACUCUGAAAAUGGAAAGAUAUAAAAUUUUGAGAGAUCUCGGAGAUGGUUCUUGCGGUCAUGUAUAUAAGGCUCGUGAUUUGAGGACACACGAGAUUGUUGCUGUCAAAAAGUUGAAAAGAAAGUUCUAUUUCUGGGAAGAAUUUACAAAUUUGCGAGAAGUCAAGGCCCUUCAAAAAAUGAAUCACCCAAAUAUCAUAAAGUUGAAAGAGGUUAUCAGGGAAAAUAACGAACUGUUUUUCAUAUUCGAAUACAUGGAUUAUAAUCUUUAUCAAUUAAUAAAAGACAGACAAAAGCCCUUUCCAGAGGAAGAGAUACGUUCCUUUAUGAAGCAAGUGCUGCGAGGUCUUAGUCACAUGCACAAGAAAGGAUUCUUUCACCGGGACUUGAAACCGGAGAAUUUGCUGGUGACAAAUGAUGUUCUUAAAAUUGCUGAUUUUGGACUGGCUAGAGAAGUAUCAUCAAUGCCUCCUUAUACUCAAUAUGUUUCCACACGGUGGUAUCGAGCUCCAGAAGUUUUGUUACAGUCUCCAUGUUAUACUCCUGCUGUUGACAUGUGGGCAGCUGGCGCUAUAUUAGCUGAGCUUUUCACGUUGAACCCCAUAUUCCCGGGUGAAAGUGAAAUAGAUCAACUAUUCAAGAUUUAUUGUGUUCUUGGUACACCGGAUUUGACUUCUUUCCCUGUGGGAGCAAACAACUUGAGGCUAUUAGACGUUGUUGGUCAUGAAGUGGUUCCACCUUCGAAGCUUUCUGAUAUAAUUCCUAAUGCUAGCUCAGAAGCUGUAGACUUGAUCACGCAACUAUUAUCAUGGGACCCAUCAAGAAGGCCAGAUGCAGAUCAUGCACUGCAACAUCCUUUUUUCCAUGUGAGUACAUGGGUUCCGUGUCCAAUUCACGAUCCACUUGAACUGAAGCUGAGUAGCAAGAGGGCAAAACCAAAUCUUGAGCUUAAGUUGCAGGAUUUUGGCCCUGACCCCGAUGACUGUUUUCUUGGCUUAACUUUAGCUGUAAAGCCCAGCAUUUCAAACUUGGAUGUGACCCGCAAUGUAUCGCAAGGCAUGGGAGAGAAUGUGCUGUUCUGUUCCGAGUUCAGUAAUCAUUCAGACCAAUCAGUUUUUUGGACAUUUUUGUCUCCGGAUCAAAAUGGAGUCCACUCCUCGGCAGAGACUUCGUUGUCAUUGUCAUUUGGUUCAAUUCAGCACCAACCAAUUGGAGUUCCGCAGUCAACAGGAUUCUCCUUCCAGCCUUUGCAGCCUAACAUUUUAACUCCACCAUUUUUGGCUGUGUCUUCUCCUUUCCACAGUGGGCACUGCCUUUAGAUGAUGAUUGAUUGAGCAAACAAGUAUGAUCUUAAAUGUUUAUGAUGUACCUAAAAGCUUUUCUUUUUCUGUUCACGUACAUACAUUUCUAUCUGACAUUGGUAUAGUUUCUCACUAUCAUGAAACAGAAUGUAAUUAUUGAACAGCUUAUCAGGCCCAUUCAACUCCAUUUCUUAGCUGUGAUUCUGAACUCUGACCUGAAAUUUUCAGUUCCAAAUAUAGAAUAUGAAAUGUCAAGGUCAGCUUUUCCUUU